UACAGAGCAGACAUCGGAACCAGACAGUGUCCCUCUUUCCUCGCCGAUCUCUCUCUCUGUCUUCCUCUUCUCCGAUCUCAAUCAGAAAACGCGUCUUUGAUCUCUCUCUCUCUACACAUUCGAAAGAAAACAUCAAAGUCUCUGUUCUUACCGUCCUCAAAUUCGCAAUCUCCCACCAAACUUUUUUUCACGGUAUCGCUUCAUUCUCUUUCGAUUUCGGUUGGAUUUGAACGAUACCCAUCUCGUGAUUCGAUCUGGGUCCGCGUCAAAAUGUUGAAUUUUCAACUCUAGAAGAUUGGAUCAUCCUCUCUGUUCUUGCAUUUAUUUAGAAAAGCUUCUUCCUUUUGCAUGAUGGGUUUAAAUAAAAAGUACUUAAGGAGCUAAGAGAUUGAUAGAUAGAUGAACAAUGAGUAGUUUCACAAAGAGCACAUCGUUCAAUAGAAGAGCAUUGAGUUCUUUAGCUGUAGAGAGCCCAAGGAGCACCUCUUCAACCGCCUUCACCAGUCCCGUUGGCUCAGCUUUCGCUAGCCCGAGAACAUUCGGUGGAAGUCCACGUCCGUAUACAAACCGGUUAAAAGAGAUCUCGUACUUGUUCCAGGUUCUUAUCGUCGCGGGAACACUUGUCUCGUUUCUCGUGAUCAUAGCUGGUGGUUAUCUCUACGUUGUUCCUAGCCUCGGUUACAACGGUGCGUUGCAGUUUAACAACACCAGCUCUGUUGUUGCAACGGAGGGUAAGGAGUGUGACGUAUUCGAUGGGAACUGGGUGGUUGAUGAUAGCUACCCUUUGUAUAACGCCUCUGAAUGUCCGUUUGUGGAGAAAGGGUUUAACUGUCUAGGAAACGGGCGUGAGCACGAUGAGUAUUUGAAGUGGAGGUGGAAGCCUAAGCAUUGUAACGUCCCGAGGUUCCGAGUGGGUGACGUGUUGGAGAGGUUGAGAGGGAAAAGGAUAGUCUUUGUUGGGGAUUCGAUGAGUAGGACGCAGUGGGAGUCUUUGAUAUGUAUGUUGAUGACGGGUUUGGAUGAUAAGAGGAGUGUUUAUGAAGUGAAUGGGAAUAAUAUAACGAAGAGGAUACGGUUCUUGGGUGUGAGGUUUGGUUCUUUUAACUUUACGGUUGAGUUCUACAGAUCGGUUUUCUUGGUUCAGCCAGGGAAGCUGUUGCGUUGGCACGCGCCGAAACGUGUUAAGUCCACGUUGAAGUUGGAUGUUUUGGAUGUGAUUAACCAUGAGUGGAGCUCUGCGGAUUAUCUUGUUUUCAAUACUGGUCAAUGGUGGGUGCCUGGGAAGCUUUUUGAGACUGGUUGUUACUUUCAGGUUGGGAACUCAUUGAGGCUCGGAAUGUCGAUUCCUGCAGCUUAUAGAGUAGCGUUGGAGACAUGGGCAUCAUGGAUAGAGACUAAGAUUGAUCCAAACAAAACUCGUGUCUUGUUUCGGACCUUUGAGCCAUCUCACUGGAGUGAUCAUAGAUCAUGUAAUGUGACAAAGUAUCCAACCCCGGAUACUCAAGGAAGAGACAAAAGCAUAUUCUCUGAAAUGAUCAAAGAAGUGGUCAAGAACAUGACGGUUCCUGUAUCGGUUUUGGAUGUAACUUCGAUGUCAGCGUUUAGAAGCGAUGGUCAUGUGGGUUUAUGGAGUGAUAACCCGUUGGUACCUGAUUGUAGUCACUGGUGUCUACCUGGAGUUCCUGAUAUCUGGAAUGAAAUCUUGCUCUUCUUCCUUUUUAGACAGCAAGUUCAGUGAUAUGGAUUAACUGCAUGUUUUUGCAACAUAACACGAUAGAAAAAAAAGAAAAAGAUUAACGACCCUUGAAGAUUUUAUCUCGGAGCUAAUUGCUUCUGUGUUCUUCUGGGACCUAAAGACUUGGGGGUCACAAAGUGAUUCUUAAAUUCAUUCUUUUAUUGUUUCUUCCACGUUCUUCUUCUUUUGUAUUAUCGAUUCAAAGAGAGUGAGUGGACCUUAUGGUAUAAAAUGAUUUCAUUACUAUCUGUGACUGGAUUUAAAGCA